UUUUUUUUUUUAAAUUUCAAACUUAAUUUUAAAAAUGGCGAAUAUCCGUAAAAAAAAAUCCCAAAAAGUUAAAGAUGAAGAGAAGAUACCUACUUGUAUACAAUUCAAAUGGUUUUACUUUUGUUUAAUUGGAUUAGCUGCUUUCGGUAUGUCGCGUUUUUUUAUGACGAAUAAUUCAGGAUUGGUGCAUAAUCAACCAAGUAGCGUGACAAAUAAUAGUACACCAAAAAGUUCAAAUUUACUUAAACAAAUCCAAAUGCGAUCCUUAGAGGUUGAUGGAAGAAAUUUGACUCCUAGAGAGGUCCAAAGUAAUAACAAUAAAGUCAAAGUGUUUAUUGUUGACAAUUUUUUGUCCAACUUGGAGUGCGAUGGCAUUUCAAGUGUUCAUCUUAAAGUAAUUAAAAGCGCUGAAGCAUUUCCGCCUAUCUUUUGUUUUUCCGGAAUAAGUUCUUUUAGAAAAUAUUUGCACGAUUCUGGAUAUAAAGCACGUGUUUCAGAGAACGAUUUUACUGAAGGCACCACAUGCAUCAAUGAAACAUUUUCAGAGAAUAUUCGAAGAAAAUUUAAAUACAGUUAUAGUACUUCGUUCUAUAAUGGUGAAAGUGAAUUUUCACACAGCCUUCAAAAAAGAUUAGAAAGUGUUUCAAAUUUGCUGCAAACCCACGGUGGAAAAUAUCAAGUGACGUCAUAUCCAGAAGGAGUUGGCUAUAAAAGUCAUACUGAUUGCAGCCUAGACUCCAAACUUUUAAAUGAUCGGUAUGCAACUAUUUUAAUAUACUUGCAAGACGUUAAAGAAGGGGGAGAAACAGUUUUUUCAAAACUAGGAAUUAAAAUAAAACCAAAAAAAGGAAGUCUAGUUAUUUGGAACAACAUGGAUGACUUAGGAAAUUGCUUGCUGUUAUCUACCCAUGAAGCUUCUAAAGUUAUAAAAGGAAAAAAGUAUAUCCUUCAAAGAUGGUAUUACUACAAAAGAUUCGAAUCUCUUGGGUUAAGAUUACCUGAACCAAGGCUGCCUAAUCGCAAAAUUGGUCAGCCUCGCAUAACAUGUGACCACUAUGAAGAAGGAUCGUGUAGAUGGUACGACGAGUGGGACUAUCAGCAUUUAAUUCAGCACCCCAAAAUUUAGCAUUCUGUAAGCAGUUACUUAGUGAGUUAAAACCUUUUGUAAUAAUAUAGUGAACCAUAAAACUAUCUUUAUAACUCAUUGUAA